AGAAGAAGAAGAUACGGUGUAGUAGUAGAAUUGGGCCUCAGUAUCCAUUGGGCUUGAGCUUAAUAAUGGCUUACUAAGUGUUAAUAGACAUAGCAGAACACAUAGCUUAACCGGUUUUAUGAUCAGAGAUUAUUAUAGCUUAACCGGUUAGUGAUCUGAGUUCGGAAUUCAAUAUCGCCGGCGAUUUCUGCUCAUCUGUUCGAUGUCCUCUCCGUCUGCGGUCGCCGGCCUCUUGGCGGCGCUUGCUUACCGUCUUCAGAACAGAAAUCAAUUGUUCGAAGAAGAAGUGGAAGAGUCUACUUCCUCUAUGGGACUAGCUAUCUCGGAGCUUAACCGAUCUCUGACUCUGGACAUCGGCGGCGAGGAGUCUGGGGUUAAGGUUAUGGACGCAGCGUUAUCUCUAAUGUGCUUCAAGGCACCUCAGGUAUUUGAUUCGGCGAUUGAGUAUCUUGUGCGAACCAUUGUUUGCGCCUUAUCAUCUUCAAUAAAUUGUAAAGUACUUAGGUAUCGAAACGAGGAAACGUUACAGUUUGGUAGCUCCUGUUUACCUCGCUGCUCUGAAGAAUUGAUCCAAGUCUCUAAGGAUAUUAUUGAUAAAUUGGGAGGAUCGAACGGAAGAUUGGCUACAGAAUUGUUCCAAGCUGUUGUAAGAUCGGCAGCUUCAACAUCAUGCAGCUCGCAUAGAAAUUUAGAGGAUGGAAGAAAUAGGGCUGUCUCAAAGCUUCUUGCUUUCUUACCGAGAGAUUCAUCUAUAGAAAACCACGAGAUACCUCUGAGGAUCCUGUUCUGGUAUCAAGAUCCAUUGUCUUUGAAGGAAGAUGUUUCCAGAAUCUUGAAAGAUGUGGUGGAAAGGCCUUUCCUUUGUCUAAAGAAGGAGCUUUUUGAGAGGGCAGAGUGGCGCGAUAUUGUCAUCUGCUUAGCGCUAUCUCCGUCUAUGUUUAUCAACACCAGAGCCCUUUUACAUAAGUGGCUUUUGCUCACGGGACUUGCUUGUGUCUUCGAAGUACUUGCUGGUUUGGUCUCUGCAAUAGUGGACACUAUUUCAAGACCAUCGUUGUGGGGUAUACCGGCGGUGGAACUAGCUUCCAUGUUGCCAUUCUCUGAUACAUAUUUUCCCUUCCAGUGUCAAUUUCUGAGAAUCUUGGCUGGUCCUCUCACCUCCAAGUCCCUCGUAAUGUUAGCUCAUGCUGUCAGUAAACCAUCUGCUGUUCCUGGGAAACAAGGACGGGAUACUUAUUGUAAGCCUACUCCGAUAAAAGUUCAAGCAUCAGAUGACAAAACAGGAUGGGCUUUGGCUAUUAACUUCCCAGAUUGGUUUUAUUUUGCUUCUGCUAUGCUCUUCUCAGAUGGAAAAUCGUUGGAAAAUAUUCACGGCAGAUACACUUCAAAAGUGGCUGAUUGUAGACAAGCAUGUGAUGCGGAAGAUCUAUCCAUUGCUGCGGCUACAUACAUUGCUUGGAUACUAAACCCUGUAACCGGAACCAUUCAAGAAUCACUAAGUAAGUCUCUCAUUAGAGUCUCAGAGAUAUGUAUCAGUAAAAGUUCCGGCUCAGAAGCACAUCGUAGUGAGACUAUAACUGGCAAGAGAAAGAAACCAGAUAGGCUCGUUUCUGGCAAAAUAAAGGCUUCCAGUAUUGUGGAAGACCUAUUGAGAGAAUAUGAAAACAAAAUCACCAGUUCAGUUUCUUAUGAAUUGGAUUCUCAGAAAACACAUUCAUCUGUCAGCUCUGGCCUCCAAAACAAUUUUUUGGUAAGAAGAGUGGUGGUUGGCGUACUGUUUGGUUCUCCUUAUUCAGUAACAGAUGAGGAGUAUGAACUGGUUCUGCACUAUGCUGCAACUGGGAAGAUUAUCACCUUUAAGAAAUCACGGAGUACCGGAUUCAAACAAGGAAAGGGAUUCUGUAGAAUAUCUGGUUUACUGUCGAAUGAGAUUACCAAGGAGGAGGCUAUUGAAGGCACACUUCUUGUUUUCAACUUAACCGACACUUUGGAGAGUAUGUGUGUAUCAAGUUUUGAAGCUGAAGAAGACGUCGAGGAGUUUAUUAACCAUUUUAAGCUAAGAUCAAGCAAGUACUUGGUCAAAUGCAUAGAUCGCUUGAUACAACUUCACUGUAAAGAAGAUGGAGAUCCAACACUAAGUGACAUUAAUAUCAGACUGCUACAAUGGAAAAUAAAAGGACUAGAAGAUCCACAUUUCAACAAAGUUCUUGAUGAUAUCGCUGCUAAGUUAGCCUGCAGAUUGCCCGUAUAACUGUCACCAUUUAUCCUGACCUGUGUCAUAUUUGGUGGUGCACAUAAUUUUUGGGAAAAUUGUGAUCAGAGGUGAAUUGUUUAAAACACUCACACGACUGGUCUGAAGAUGGUGUACAGCUCCACCACUGAAAGUAUAUGAUCUGCCUGGACUGGACCAGAGGUUUGUGGACAAUUUAAUGGUGAGCCUCGGAGCCACUUCACUUAACAACGACAAAACAAUAAGGUAUGCGCACCAACUCAAUUAUGCCAUAACUGCCGGCCAUAGUGCCUUCUGCUAGCCAGGGUAUCUGAGUUUCGUUAUCCCAAGCCCCUGAGAGCUGCAAAAGGCAUAUGAUCCAGAGAAGUUAGUACAUGUACUUGGGUUUUCCUGUUGAGGCUUUUUUAAAAUCAUGUUGUUAAAUAUUUGUUAUCAGACCUUAUGCUUUAAAAUAGUCAUUACAGUGACCUUCAGACUAAUUGUAUGGACGCCAACCAGGUCUAGGCUUUCAUAAGGAAAGAGAUAAAUCUUUUUCCAGCCUUUUUUGUUU